UGAAAGGAAUUCAGGAUGGGCGGGGGGGCGGGGGGUGUCUGGGGACUUCAGGGGAGAUCCUGGCCGGCCCCGCUUCCCUCCCUGCUCGCAGCAUCUGACACCGUGCCUGGCACCAAUUGGUACUUGAAGAACGACUCGUUGGUUCAGGCCGCGCCUGCGCCGAGCCUUCCUUUCGCUCUUCCCGCCCUCCCCCCGCCCCUCUCUGUCUUCUGUGAACUGGGAGCAGAGGCAGCAGGCCCAAGAGAGUCGUGUGGGGCAGCCUGGGAUGGUCUUCACCGGCCAGCUUUCCUGUCAAGGGUCUACCAAGAGUCCCCUGGCCCUGCUCUCAAGAGGAAAAGAAGGUUUAAGGAAGGGAAUGGCUCUCCUGCCACAGCCCCUCAUCCCCUGAAAAUGUAUACCUGUGCAAAGUUCGUCUCCUCCCCCUUCUUGGUCAGGAGCACCUCUCAGCUGUUGAGCCGAUCACUGUCUGCAGUGGCACUAAAACCACCAGAGACACUGACAGAUGAGAGCCUCAGCAGCUGGGCAGCCCCACGUCCCCUGACCUCACUUAUUCCUAGCCGCGGUUUCCAAACCAGCACUGCUUCAAGGGACAUCGACACAGCAGCCAAGUUCAUUGGGGCUGGGGCUGCCACAGUUGGGGUGGCUGGUUCUGGGGCUGGAAUCGGGACUGUGUUUGGGAGCCUCAUCAUUGGUUAUGCCAGGAACCCCUCUCUGAAGCAGCAGCUCUUCUCCUACGCCAUUCUGGGCUUUGCCCUCUCGGAGGCCAUGGGGCUAUUUUGCCUGAUGGUGGCCUUUCUCAUCCUCUUCGCCAUGUGAAGGAGCCGUCUCCACCUCCCAUAGGUCUUUUUCCCGUGUCACGUCUGCCCUGUAUGUUCCUUUUCCUGUACCUCCCCAGGCAGCCUGGGGAAAGUGGUUGGCUCAGGGUUUGACAGAGGGAAGACAAAUAAAUACUGUAUUAAUAAGAUC